AGAGGUAGAGGACCAAGAUUAUGAUGAGACAGCGACUGAAGAACCAACGGCCCUUAUUCAACCGGCUCCUGACCCUCUACCUGAGCCCUACAUCAUCAAUCGACCCACAAACCAUAAUAUUCCACCUUUUGCUUUUGGACCCAGAUUGGAUCUGAUUUCUCCCAAGCUACUUCAUGAUACAGUUAUGUCUUAGACCAGUACCCCAAGGAAAGAAGUUUAUGUGCAGAAUUGUCCGUAAAAACGAGGGAAUGGACAGGCGAAUGUACCCAACGUAUGAGCUUUCAUUAGAAGAGCCUGCUCGGUCGCCUGAUGAGUCCAUGCGGCAACGAUGUGUCUUUUUGUUACGCGCUACAAAAAAGAAGCGUAGCCGAGGUUCUUAUUAUGCUAUUACAAGCGAUAUGGACAAUAUCCACGGAUAUGAUCGCAAAGCCACUGAUGAAAAUUAUGGCGUUUUGGGCAAAUUGAGGUCCAACUUUUUGGGUACUGUAUUCAACGUCUAUUCGAACGGACGAAACCCAUUUUCGGGAGCGGAGCAGGAUGGAAAAGGACAGGAUCGAACUUUGUCUGGCACAGAGAAAGGAAAAGGCAAGAUGAAAAAAGAAAACAAGAGUCAUGACUUGCCUGUGCGACAAGAGCUCGGUGCAGUGAUAUAUAAUCCAAAUGUGCUUGGGCUGAAAGGGCCUAGAAAGAUGACAAUCUUGAUGAACACCAUGACAACUGAUGGGUGUAUGAUGGAAAAGCGACCCACACAAGCCAAAGAUACAUUGAUUGGUCGCAUGACGGACGGAGACAUGUCUGAUUUAUUGGUCUUACGGAACAAGAGCCCACAGUGGAAUGAUGAAACCAAUUCAUUUGUCUUGAAUUUUGGAGGACGUGUCUCUCUGGCGUCAGUGAAAAACUUCCAGAUCAUCCACGAUAAUGACUUGGACUACAUUAUCAUGCAGUUCGGAAGAACAUCUCAGGACAACUUUACAAUGGAUUGUCAAUACCCGAUGACUCCUUUCCAAGCAUUUGCCUUUGCGCUAACUAGCUUUGAUGCCAAGUUGGCUUGCGAAUAAACACUCAUUAAAAAAGUAUUGUAUAUAGUUAGAUGAUAGUUUGUUAUAGCAUUUGUACAGUACAAUCCUAUCCUAAUCACUAUCGUAGACAUCAGGAGCACGGACAUUCUUGGAGUACAUUUUAUGAUUAGCCAUUUCGAGCAAAGCCACAGCAUCAGCAUGAGCAUCCAUUGCUGAACGUUUUGGCCCUUCCUCUCGCUCAACCAAUGAUGGAUGGACUUGCCAAACUAUGUUCAGAAGCAUCAAGCGAAUUUAAAUGUCAGUAAUGAUCUGAAAAA